AAUCCGUUGGACCAAAAACGAAAACAAGACAAUCUCAUCCAAUUGUCACUGAAAUUCAACGGCACGAUGGCGAGCAGUCCGACGGUUGAUGCCAGAAGCGGCUUCUGCAGUUCCAAUUCCGUAUUCUACAGCAAGCGCAAGGCCAUAACACUACCGCCCAGCGAUUAUCUCGACAUCACAACAUUCAUAUCGUCUCAAGCCCACCGAGGCAAUGUGGCCUUCAUCGACGGCUCCACCGGCCAACAACUCACCUACGUUCAAUUAUGGACUGCCGUCGAUUCAGUUGCCUCGUCUCUCUCCGACAUGGGCAUCCGAAAGGGCCAUGUCAUCCUCCUCCUGUCCCCGAACUCCAUCUUCUUCCCGGUGGUCUGCCUGGCCGUGAUGUCGCUGGGUGCGAUCAUAACAACCACCAACCCACUCAACACUACUCGGGAAAUCACCAAGCAAAUGGCCGAUUCCAAACCGGUACUCGCCUUCACUACUCGCCAGCUCAUCCCCAAACUCGCCGGUCCAAAACCUCUCCCCAUCGUCCUCAUUGAUGGCGAAAUCAAUACUCCUGUUAGUAACAAAAAUAUUGCGUCUACCUUGGGAAAGAUGAUGGCGAAUGAGAAACGUGAUGGAUUGAAAUCGAGGGAAGUGAUCAACCAGGACGACACGGCGACUCUGCUCUACUCGUCGGGAACGACGGGGGCGAGUAAAGGCGUGGUGUCGUCUCACAGGAAUCUGAUAGCGAUGGUUCAGAGCGUUAAGGGCUGGUUAUAUUUGGACGAUACCCACCAAACGUUCCUCUGCACGAUUCCAAUGUUCCACAUCUUCGGCUUGGCGGUGUUCGCUGCGGGCCUCCUUUCCUUGGGGUCGACCAUCGUGGUGCUCUCCAAGUUCGAGAUGCAUGACAUGCUGUUGGCCAUUCAGAAGAACCGUGUGAGCUACGUGCCGGUGGUGCCUCCCAUUCUGGUGGCGCUAAUCAACGCCGCCGACCAGGUGAAGGCGAAGUAUGAUCUGAGUUCGCUGAGGUGGGUGUUGUCGGGUGGCGCCCCACUGAGCAAGGAAGUGACCGAGGGGUUCUUGGACAAGUAUCCAAUGGUGACAAUUCUUCAGGGUUACGGGUUGACGGAAUCGGCCGGGGUCGGAGCUUCAACGGAAUCGCUGGAGGAGAGUCGCAAGUACGGUACGGCGGGGCUGUUGUCGGCGAGUAUGGAGGCUAUGAUUGUGGACCGGGACAGCGGUAAUCCACUACCGGCGAAUAAGACGGGAGAGCUUUAUCUCAAAGGUCCCUCAAUAAUGAAAGGGUAUUUUAAUAAUGCAAAAGCAACUGCAUCAACACUCGAUUCAAAAGGAUGGUUAAGAACCGGAGAUUUGUGCUACAUCGAUGAGGAUGGAUUCAUUUUUGUGGUUGAUAGGUUGAAGGAGCUCAUUAAGUACAACGGAUAUCAGGUGGCCCCUGCUGAACUGGAGGCUUUGCUGCUCACGCAUCCCGAAAUUGUUGAUGCUGCCGUUAUACCAUUUCCAGAUGAAAAGGUUGGACAGCAUCCAAUGGCAUAUGUGGUAAGAAAAGCCGGAAGCAGUUUAACGGAGAGCGGAGUGAUGGAGUUUGUGGGCAAGCAGGUGGCUCCCUACAAGAGAAUUAGGAGGGUGGCAUUUAUAGAUUCCGUGCCUAAGAAUCCAUCUGGCAAGAUUCUCCGGAAGGAUCUCAUCCAGAUUGCAACUUCUUCUUCCAAACUUUGAGCAGUUGUAGUACUAGUGCUACAUUUAUGAAUAAUUUGCAAUUGAGAGAGUGGUGGUAUAACAUUAUCAGCUCACUUGCUUUUCAGAUUCUGAGCCCAUUUAGUUCUUUGAUUUAUAGCAGCUAGCGUGGCCGGAUUUUUUUGCAGACUAUUUUGUGGCGCAAAUUAAUUAAUUUUAUCUUAACUUGCCUUA